AUGGAAAUCCCGAGGCCCACGGAAGGAGACGUCGACAUUGGCACGGCCACGUUCGAUGCCUGCUGGGUCCUGACAGCCCUCGUGGGUGUCGCUCUACUGUUUCGAUAUUCGGUCAAGGCGUGGGUGCGAUGGGCUCUGCCCCAAGUCACUGCCCCCGGACGAGUCUGGGGUAUCGAAGACCUCUUCUUUUUGGUGGCCUAUGGCUGUGAUCUGACCCAUAUGACUAUGAUUCAGAUGAGCGCCAAUUGGGGCCUGGGCCGCCACUUCUUCUAUCUGAAUGCCACUGAACGGUUCCAUGCAAUGAAGUGGGAUUUCAUAUCGCAGCCUAUCGCUGUAGCCUCGGCCAUGAUAUCUCGUUCUGGCAUGAUGUGGUUCCUGUUGACCUGUUUCGCGGCGAGCGAUAAGAAGAUCCGCGUGUCGAUCAUUGUCUGUGCUGUGGUUCAGGUCGUCGUCAACAUGGUCACCAUCGUGCAGAUCAUUGUUCAGUGCGGGCCGAACCCGUAUCGUGCGGCCGAUCGUGUUCAAUACUUCCACUAUAUGUGGUCUCCUCUGCCUGCAGACAAUUCGGUUGUGUGCCAGUCGCCCGUGGUCCAGACCACCGUGGGCUUUGUACAAGGAGGAUUCAACUCCAUUAUUGAUUUUUUCCUCGGUGUUCUCGCCGCCGUCGAGCUGUGGCAAUUCUUCCUUCGAACUCUGAACCGUGACCAUCACGUGUCGUUCUGGUCUAAAUUCCGCAAGAUCAACAGCACCGUUCGAUCACGACGGAUCUGGCAGACGCUCACUUUGAGUGGUCCACUGAUUCUCUCUGGCGCUGCCUCCAUAGUCAAGACUUAUAAACUCAAGUCUUUGGGAGACCGACUAGACUUUACUUAUAACAUCGUCUCUUUUGUCCUUUGGGUAAAAAUCGAAAACUAUAGCAUCCUCCUCGCCUCGUGCGCACCCGUCGCCCGGCUGUUCCUCCGUGCCUUUGUCGACUCUCGUCGUGAGGGCCGUAUGGCCGGCUACUGGUCCAAGUCACGGUCCAAUAAUGGCGAAAAUGCCAAUCACUCCAAUGACACCGAGAUGAAGCGUCACCGCAAGGAUCAGUGGAUGGACUCGGAGACGGUGACCAACUGGGACGAAGAAAAUCCUUUGCCGAACUGGAGUAGCAAUGAGCGCUCCGAGAGCCGAAUCUCAAAGGCUCAACAUCCUGAGAAUCCCGGCGAUGGAGUCACGGUCAAGACGGAUAUCAUUGUGCAAGUGGAUGACGGCCUGUCCACCUCCUCGGGUGGUGCACGGCUUUUGCCGGACGGCACUGAGACCCUUCACGGCCACGGCUCAGAGCGAACGUAA